AUGGCUGAACAAAGACAGCGGGCUUUAUCUACAUCAGGAGAAGCGCUCUAUGAACUUCUGGGUCUUGAAAAAGGGGCAUCCCACGAAGAAAUCAAGAAAUCCUACAGGAAGUUGGCUCUGAAAUAUCAUCCUGAUAAGAACCCAGAUAACCCAGAAGCUGCAGAAAAAUUUAAAGAAAUCAACAAUGCUCAUGCAAUACUAACAGAUGUGUCCAAAAGAAAUAUAUAUGACCAGUAUGGAUCAUUAGGGCUGUACAUCGCUGAACAAUUUGGUGAAGAAAAUGUCAAUACGUAUUUCAUGCUUUCUAGCUGGUGGGCAAAAGGCCUGUUCGCACUCUGCGGUCUUUUGACUGGGUGCUACUGUUGCUGCUGCCUAUGCUGCUGUUUCAAUUGCUGUUGUGGAAAAUGCAAACCCAAGCCGACAGCGGAAGAGCAAGAGUUCUGCAUGUCUCCUGAAGAUCUUGAAGAGCAGAUUAAGACAGACAUGGAAAAAGAUGGGGAAACUCCAGUUCUGCUUCAGCCAACAAAUGCAACUGAGAAAACCCAGCUUAUUGGAGACAGUCAUCGUAGCUACCGCACAGAUUCAUAAAUCAGCAGCUCUUAGAAUCUGAAAGAGUAUAAAUGACAAGUUCUGGAUUGCAAAGCAUCAUUAGAACAAUUUUCACCCCUGAAUGACAUUAGGAUUUCUACACUAUGCACACAACAUACCAUCAAACUGACUUGAGCCCCAAUUCUGAGAA